AUAUAAAGAUUUGCAUUUCAGGGUAAGACUCCAUACGAUCUGGCAGCAGCAGGAGAAUUCGGGCCGAAUAAAGAAGUGAUGGAAUACUUACAGACUGUCAUGUCAGAGAAAUCUUCAGGCGUGACUGCUGGACUAGUGAUAGAAGAUGCAGUUCCAAUUGAAAUAAAAUUAAUGACUGAAAAAAGAUCUGUCGAAUUGUACCUUACAUUACUUGAGUCAGGCUCUGAGAAAAAGAGAGACAUACGUUUAGUUGUAGUUGGAAAGAAAGGGGCAGGAAAAACUUCAUUGAUUAAAAGAUUGUUUGGUGAAGAUAAUACAGAUGUUACCAGUACGAAUGGAAUAGAAAUUCACAAAAUAAAAUGCAAAGCAAAAUCUAAUGAUGGAAUAUGGAAUAAACUAGAUGGAAACUAUGAAGAAACUGAAACUCAUGCAAGACUAUUGAAGGAAUACGAGGAAAAACUUCAGAACAAAGGAACAAUAGAUGAACCAGUAGAAUCUUACAUUGCUAUUAAGGACAAGACACCAGAAACAAGUUUUGAUGAAUCAAAGAAGUCAGGGACAGUAUAUAAGCAGCCUAAAAUAAUAAAAUCUCUAGUAACCACUGAAUCUCAAGUUGAACCUCCGGUAAACACUGAAUCUCAAGCUGAACCUCCAGUUGCCAUUGAAUCUCAAGUUGAACCUCCAGUAACCUCGCAGCAACGAAACCAAUCAUUAGAACAUGCAACAAGGGAUAUUGAAACUAUGCUUAAAUUUAAUGUUGAUUUACAUGACAAAGAGGAGUAUGCCACAUUAUUGUUAUGGGAUUUUGCAGGAGAUGAAGAAUUUUACCACACACAUCAAACUUUUUUAUCACCAGAUGCAAUUUAUAUUGUUGUUACAAAACUGAAUGAGGCUGACGACAAAAAAGCAAAAGAUUUAUUCCAAUUGUGGAUGGAUUCAAUACAUUGUUACAGUAGACUGGAAGAGGACAUAAAUAAAUCUGAUUCCAGCAAGAGAACAUCAUAUGAUCUUAAUCCACCUGUAAUUAUUGUUGGCACUUGGAAAGAUGCCUUGGUCUGUGAUGUAGAAGAGAUUGAUGAUGCAUGCAGAGAAAAUAUUUUAAAGUAUACAGAGAAUAUAUCAGAAGAUGAACUAGGACAUAUAAGGCAAGAAUACUUCAUUUCCAACACAGAAAAUGAUCCCAGUGUAUUCCAGCAAAUACGAGAAAACAUCCUUAACUUAGCCAGAAAAAUGAAAACAUGGAACAAAGCAUAUCCUUUAAAAUUUAUUCAGCUGGAAAAACAACUUCAAGAAAAGAAGAAGGUGUUACCUAUAAUCUCCUUUCAGGAAAUUCAGAAAAUUGCUUUUGAUUCGCCUCAGCCACUUAAUGAUGAAGAACUCAGAUUGUUCCUGGAAUUUCACCAUGAGAUCAGAGCUUUAGUUCAUUUCAAAGAUCUUCCCUCUUACAUUAUUUUAGACACACAGUGGUUGUCAAAUGCUUUUAGAUGUAUAGUAACUGCAAAGAAAUUUCGAGACAUUAGUAUCAGAAAUAUAAAAAAAUGGGAUGUAUUGUACAGUAGAGGCAAAUUAUAUAGUGAGGUUUUAGACGAUGUAUUCAGAAAGGAAAACAAUUUUUCAAAACACAAGGGUCAUAUUCUGAAUGUCAUGGAGAAAUUUGAUAUCAUUAUACGUCCGAUCAUAUCAGAUAGAGAUGGUGCUGAUCAAACACUUUGCUACUAUGUACCUUGUAUGAUUAAAUCAGAACCUGAGUAUGACAUAUACGAAAUGUUUAAUGUGACAGAAAACACAUGUACUAAGUCUACCUGGUUAUGUUAUAAGUUUAGGUUUCUACCACCUCAUUUAAUGAAUCAUUUAAUUGCUUCUCUGUGCAGGAAAUAUAAAAUUGCAGAAUUUAUAACUAAGGAACAGAAAAGACAGGUUGCUCUUUUCAGAGGCUCAGCUGUCUUUGAGUUACAGAAAAUGACAAAAUUAUCAAAAUUACACGUGAUGAAAUGUCCGAAUUUGAUCCAAAUUCAGGUUUGGCAAUUUGGUAAAGGACAUGAAGGAGUUUUGUACAAAUGCAUUGACGACUUUGUGACAGAGGAAAUUGUGAAGAUAUUAAGCACAAGAUGUAAGAUGUCUAAUGUGAAUUUUGAGAAAAAGUGGGAAUGUGGCCAUACAAAACCAGCGCUUGUUACAGGAUCAAAUGACUUUAGUGAAGAACAGAUUACAGAAUAUUACUGUGAGACAUGUACAUGCACCCAUAUAUACAUUGGUGAAUGGCAAGAUCUGCAAAAACUGUCCCAGAGUUGUGAAAAUGAUCCAGGAUUGAAUCCUACCACAGAAAGCAUCAGUCAAGUCCAAACUACAUCCUCUAAGGUAACAAGCAAAAGUUAUCAUUUUGUCGAUGUUUUUAUUUUACAGAUGAUAACCAUAAAUGUAUGUGUCCGUAUCAAAGCUGGUAAGAAAGUGUUUGUCCAUGAAGCGGUACCAGGGACAGCCAGUUCGGCUAGGUUUACCGUAGAGCAGAUCAAUUUCACUAAAAUGGGAAUAAUCGUGUUGAAUAUUCUGGCUGAUGCUUCAUAUGACUUAUUAAAACCAGACAAACCAAAUCUACGUCCAAGGAGCGAUUGUGAUAUAACACUCUUGUACAGCGAGCACAGGAAACUAAAUAAACACAUUCCUAGUAAUUCAUGGGGCGGGACAUGGCAAACUUUUCAGAAUACAGACUUAGCUAUUGGAGAUGAUAUUGAGCGCAUAAGACUGACAAGAAACGAAUUACAACACUCUAGAAUAUUUCAUCUGGAUGAUACACGUUUUAAUGAAUUAUGUAACAUAUUAAGCGACCUUUUAAAACGGUUUGAUCAACAUAACAAACCAGCUAGGCUGUAUACAGAUCAAUUAAAUGAGAUUUUGGCAAAAUCAGUUUCUGCAGAGGAAGUGAAAUUAAUUGAAAAUGAAAUAUUAGGAAUGGCUAUUGAAGUUGAAAUUGAACACCAAGUUAAUGUUCCAGCACAAUAGAGAAAUAACCUUAUCCGCACAUGUUUUCUAAUAAACAGUUAUUUAUGCACUUUUCGAAAAGUACACAUACUACCAUAGCAACAGAUUUGCCAAAAACCUAUCCUUUAUGUAUAGAAAGGAUCAUCUUUAGUAGAGAUGUAAUGCUGCUGAUUAUUCAUAGAAUUCCAGACAGUAAAGGGCAAGAUGAAAAAGUGGACA